AUGCCAAAUACCCAAGAAAACCUGGACGGUGCCGUCCCCGACAAUAAGGAUACAUCAACCACAUCAGGUAGCCAAACCACUGACAACGCAGACGUUAACAGCUUUGCCGCUCGCGUACAAAUCCCACAACUCAACGCAUUUUCGCUACAAGGAAUCGAGUCAUGGUUCACCCGACUAGAAGCAUUUUUUCGAAUAAACAACUUCGGGAAAUUGAACCAGGAACAACGAGACAGUACAAAGUUUAACAUAGCUGUGAUGUACAUGGAUGAACGGUUGCACGAGCAAGCAUACGACAUAGUACGAAACCCACCAAACAAGGAUAAGUACGAAACAUUACGCCAAACAAUUUUAAAUAAAUUUUCAGUAUCGCCAAUCGCGCGCCUCGAGCAGCUAACAUCGGGUAUCCAGCUAGGUGACAGCAAACCAAGUCACAUGCUCACGCAACUACAACGCACAGGCGUGACUACCGAUAAACAAUUAAUUAAAGACUUUUGGUUACAGAAACUUCCUGUAUCCGCAAGGGCAGUGAUAACUGGUAUCGACAAAGGGAACACCGACAUGACUUUGGAGCAGCUGGCAUCAAUCGCCGACGAAAUAAUAGAUGUUGUACGAGCCAAUUCGACAAACGCCGUUACAGUUCGUAGCCAACAAGAGCAAACUACCCCAACAACCAAAUUAAAUGGCAAUUCCUCAAUGGAAACUAGAAUAUCACGCAUCGAGCGAGCGCUGUCCAGAAUCGAAUUGAGCAAUAGGCGACGCCGGAGCAGCAGGCCUCGCUCACAUAGCCGUAGUGGUGAGACAGGUCACUCAUCAGAAGGUAUGCAGCAAAAAAAUUGUUGGUACCACAGACGUUUCGGAGAUAAAGCACAAAAAUGCGAAACACCAUGCAAUUUCAAAACAGCAAAAAACUGA